AUGGAGCGUAGACGGAAUGCAUUCGCUAUCCCCUCGACACCCCCAAUCUCGUGGUGCCCCCCGUCAGCGGCGCCAACAACUCCUAUUAGUGAUUCCGCAUCUUCGGGAAGAAAAAAGAGACUUGACGAAGAUCCUCUUUAUCGUUCGACAAACCUGUUCGCCAAUCAUAUCCACUUACGCUCCGAUCACGAGACAUUCCCAAGUCACGUAGCUGAGCUUGUCAAGGACAUGCACAAAGACCGCAAAUCCCCAGGUCCGCGUUCCGCUCAACUACCGCAUGAUAUACAAGAUUUAGAAAACCUUGAGAUGGGAACAGCAGAAGUCGUUGUGAAGGUAUACUUUGAGAGCAAUAUUUUCGAAAAGCCACGUGGGCCAGAAGCGAGCAUUCUCAAACGGGUUGACAACCUUCCAAUGUUGCCUCAUGCCGUUCCAUGUACCAAUCCGAACUUCAAGGUCAGCGAUCCGAAACCUGAUAUGAUAUAUGGAUACGGACCCGGGGCAUUUCCUCAGCGAGAACAGUUGACCUCCAUGGGUGAGGAGGCCAUGGCCAACUCCGAAGGCUUGUUGUAUCCAUUCUUUGUCAUUGAAUUCGAGGUAGACCGUCUAUGGGUGGCGACAAAUCAAUGCCUCGGAGCUUCGGCGACUUGUAUUAACAUUGCACAAAGCCUCAGCAAUCGACUGAAGCAGUGCGGAAAUGACCAGGUCCGGAAAUUAGACAGCGCUGUAUUCAGCAUCGCUAUGAAUGGCACGGAAGCACGGCUUUAUAUCUCCUGGAAGCACAGCAAAAUCGAUUACUACACGCGGAAAGUGGACAGCUUUUUGCUUGAAAGACCCGACGACUAUGCGCGGUUCCGCAAAAUCGUUCGGAACAUCAUUGAUUGGGGCAGGAUAGAACGCCUGGGAGAGAUCCGAAGCUCGUUAGACGAUCUUCUCGAGGAAAACUUUGCGGAUAUCGGUAACGCUAAGCCAAAGAGAGAAGCAACGGCAAAGCCACAAGUGUCCAAGGCCCCUCCAGUGGCGACAAUGGUCUUCGAUCCGCCACUUUCCUCGGUAGUUGUCAGGAUUGGUCUUUCGUCGCUCCGGAUCUACCACUCGAGACAAGCGAGUCUACAGAUUGUGACUACCACGGAGCGUACGCCGAUGAUAGACCUGACCAAGCGUAAUGUCGGACGAGUGUCCCGGCGAGCAAUCAGGAAGGAAAUUUUCUACAGAAUAUCGCUGCGGACGCUGCUCAUCUUCCGUCUUCCUUUGAAAUUUCCAGGAUGA